CAGAAAGGGAAACCCCGGCGGGGAGACUCGGCCCCAAAAGCGGCGGCCAUUGGAGGUGGCUGCGGCAGCUGAUGUGGCCUCAUGGAUGAGCUGGUACAUGACUUAGCCUCAGCCUUGGAGCAGACAUCUGAGCAGAAUAAGCUUGGUGAGCUGUGGGAGGAGAUGGCCCUGAGCCCUCGCCAGCAGAGGCGGCAGCUUCGCAAAAGGAGAGGCCGCAAGCGCCGUUCAGACUUCACUCACCUGGCAGAGCAUACCUGCUGCUACAGUGAGGCCUCUGAGUCCAGUCUCGAUGAGGCCAUUAAGGACUGUCGAGAAAUGGCCCCUGUUGCCAAUUUUAGUGACUCUGAUGACACAAUGGUAGCCAAACGGCACCCAGCUCUCAAUGCCAUGGUUAAGAGUAAGCAGCACUCUUGGCACGAAUCUGACUCCUUUACCGAAAAUGCACCAUGUCGACCGCUCCGGCGCCGGCGGAAGGUGAAGCGAGUGACAUCAGAGGUGGCUGCCAGCCUCCAGCAGAAGCUCAAGGUGUCAGAUUGGAGCUAUGAGAGAGGCUGCAGGUUCAAGUCUGCUAAGAAGCAGCGUCUGUCCCGCUGGAAAGAGAAUACUCCCUGGACCUCCUCAGGUCAUGGGUUGUGUGAGUCAGCAGAAAAUAGGACUUUCCUAAGCAAAACAGGAAGGAAAGAAAGGAUGGAGUGUGAAGCAGAUGAACAAAAACAGGGCUCUGAUGAGAACAUGUCAGAAUGUGAAACCAGCAGUGUGUGUAGCAGCAGUGACACAGGGCUCUUUACCAACGAUGAAGGACGGCAAGGGGAUGAUGAGCAGAGUGAUUGGUUCUAUGAGGGAGAAUGUGUCCCAGGAUUCACUGUCCCUAAUCUUCUGCCGAAGUGGGCUCCUGAUCAUUGCCCUGAAGUAGAAAGAAUGGAUUCUGGACUGGAUAAACUUUCCGAUUCCACAUUCCUUUUACCUUCUCGACCAGCUCAAAGAGGGUACCAUGCCCGCUUGAAUCGUCUGCCUGGAGCUGCAGCUCGAUGCCUCAGAAAGGGCCGAAGACGGCUUGUUGGGAAGGAGACCAGCAUAAGUACUGAGAGAAUAGGCCACAUCAUUAGUGACCCUCGGCAGAAGGAAAAGAAUAAAGCAUUGGCUUCUGAUUUUCCUCACAUUUCUGCUUGUGCCCAUGAGUUUAAUCCCCUGUCUCCCCUUUACUCCUUGGAUGUUCUCACUGACGCCUCUCACCGAAGAUGUUCACCAGCACACUGCUCUGCCAGACAGGCAAACAUACACUUGGGACCCCCAUGUUCACGUGACAUCAAGAGGAAACGGAAACCUGUGGCCACAGCAUCUCUGUCCAGCCCAAAUGCAGGGGAGUAUUAUUUGGCCUUGAAAAGGAAGGAAACUUUGACAUGCUACAGCAUGGAUGAAGACAUAAUACUAGGUGAAAUAAGCCAGACACGGAAGGAUAAAUCCUAUAUGAUUCCAGUUAUAGGAGGUACCUCAAAUGGUCAAAUAUGUGGAGACAGCAGAAUAAUGGUUGCCAGGGCUGGGGAAGGAGGAGAGCGGCAGUUACUAUUUAACAGUUCACGUGGAUGUAGUGGAACCAACUACACCAGCAUCGCAGGUCCAGAAAUCUCCAAACCCUGAGUGGUUGAUCAGGACCUCUGCCACAGAGAAAGCUACUGACUCAGCUGCAGCUACGUUUUUUAAAAUGCCACCAGAAAAGAGCCCUGGAUACAGCUAGAGAGCAGGAUUCCACCCACCAGGAGCUACUGGGUGUUGUGAAACGCAUCCCAGACUUGGUACCGCAGUCUUGUGUAUUGUAAUUGACAUUCCCAAUCCUUUAAUUGCCAGGAUGACCCUUCUUUCAAACAAAGCAGUGGACUCUUUCUCUUAGAAAAUCAUGUUGUGGAAAUCUGUUUUUUUUUUAAAGUUAGUAAAGUAUUGCAGCAACAAUUUUUUUAAAAAAAGGUCAUCCUAUGCUAUAUUUGUUACAUUGCUGUCAUUGUCCCAACAGCUAUCUACAGUUCCGUUUACAGAGCUGUUGCUUUUUGCAGGUAUGUCUCUUUUCUUGAAAAACUAGUAACUCCUUUUGCAUACUUUACAUGUAGAGCUUUUAAUAUCAUUUGAGGAAGUCCCAAAUUUGUAGCCAGUUCUAGACAGAUGUAAACAGAGUUGAGACCUGUGUGUGGAAUUGUGUUUACAGGAGAUAGAGUUUGCCUUUGAGCCUGGUCUUGAUUCACUGAGAGUGCCAAUAAGCCAAAUUCGCCAAGUUCUCAUUUGGGAGCCUCAGAGGAGACACCAGCAACACGGACAGUGGAAGCCUCUUCCAUUUUUCUGGAUGGCCUCAUGGGAUCUCCGGCAGCUGGACUGUACUUUGCCUCAUCUCCAGAGUUGGUGUUCUCCCGCAGGAGGAUAUGUACAUUCAUAAUGUAAUGAAGAAAUGGUUUCGUUGUUCAGCAAACUUAAAAUAGUCAGUGGAUUGUGUCUUAAUACUUCAUGUCACAGUGUAAGCUUUUAUGUAUGAAAUGGGACUUUUUAUUGUUAGCUUAUAGGUCAAUAACCUGCAGCAGAAAUUCACACUCUAUUAUAAUAAUGGCUUCUCGGGGACAUACUUUGGGGAGAAAAAUGUCUUUUUGACACACCUUUAUACUUGGCGUGUUUAUGACGGCUCAGCUACAUGUGGCGUUAUAUAUACGGCCAUGCCUGAAGUUGGAUGCUACUUUGUCAAAAUGAGGAAUAAGUGACUGCCUGGAGCUGCUGGAGAAAAGCCACCCUUUCUAAAAAAGUAUUAUCCAGAGUGUCUGUCAUUUGUGGCCUGGUUGACAGAAGGGUUCUUUUUUGUACGAAUUGAGUACAUUUGCUCUGAAAUACAGAGAAACUGUUCUCUAAGUGCCCACUUCUCUGUUAACGUUCCAGAGGAACUCCCAGCCCUGCCCCUGGAUAUCUUCUGUGCUUGAAUUAGGUGCCGAGUGGGACAGAGCCUCCUUUCCCUGAAGUGCAGCUGUCCCUUUUCCUCAUACACCAUGUGAGGGUCGGCUGCUCUGUCAUGUUCCCUUUAAAAAUGAUAGUCCUUAACUAUCAGUGCUAACUCCAGGAUUUCCUUGUUGAUGGGUGGAUGUGAAUCUAGUUGGAAGGGGGGACUUGAAGCUAAUUUAAAUGGCGCUUUCUUUAAGAGGGAGAACACGUCAAUUGUCCAUAACAAGGAGUCUGGUGGAGGGAGGGGCACAUGGAGAUUAUGAAGUGAGGAGUAGCAUUAAAGCCAAACCAGCAUCCCCAGGAGCCACCCCUAGUUCUCCUUUUGUCCACUGGGGCUGCAUCCAGAGCAGUAUAGAAAAUAAAAGUGCCUGUUGAAAUAAAAUAAAAAAAUAAAAUGGCACUACCAAAUUGUUUUAUUGAUGAAGGGGGGUUUUAUUGUCAUAUGUGCAUUCUUACCUAGUUCCCAUCAUGUCCUGAGACACAUUUCUAACAUAUUUGUUGGAUUCAAGGGGAAAAAAUCCAUGGACAUAAUUUUAUUUUCUUUGCACUAAGCUCUGGCUCUUGCAGAGAUGGGUCCUGUGAUCAUGACCUAUUCAGAUCUCCACAGUUCAGAUAGAAUCUUGUUGCCUGGCAAUUCUCCUUUCUACCUGUGAUUACAAAUAAUUUAUAUAUAUGACUUUAUUUACAUUUUAAACAUCGCUAGGAUGUACUGCCAUUUUAGAGAGAGAAGAAUGGUCACAGAGUUUAGCGACUUGCCCCAAAAUCACAUGAUCAAGCCAAGACUAAAAUCCCAGACUUUCGGACUUCCUCUGCCCUGGGUUAUAAUCUUUUGAUUUUCCUUGGUAGACCUGAGUCACUCUGAGACCCAUAAUUUUGAAACAGUGUGUCAUGAAUGUUUAUCAUCUUUCUUGGGCAUGCUUUUCUACAUAUUUUGAAUACAUCCCAUGGGGAUUAUCCAAAAAUGCCAUAUCUGCCUGUAAUAAGUGGGGAAGAAAAUUAAUUGCCUAAGAAAUAGCUAUUAAUACCUUGCAACACAGGGUUGUAAAUUGUGCUCCUCAUUUUAAGCUGCUGCAUGAGCAUGCUGACAGAAUUAUUAACCAACUUACUUUGCUUGUUUUCUAUAUGAGUCAGUUCCAGAGGAAUAAACUUGGAAUUGAGUGUUUUUUGAAUCAUAAAUUUUAAAUUUCUUUUUUAUAUAGCAAAGUGUAUGAUGUCAUACAUUGAGUAAAGUCUGUUACCUUUCAACAAAAGAUACAAUUUCAAAAUCAGGUUUUGUAGUCUCUUGAAAAAACUGAUAGCAUGACUUCCUUUGAGGAUAAUCAUUGAGCUCGUGUGUAUUUGAUCUGCCUAGAAGUAGUAACUGAAGCUGAGUUCCACAGUUCUUACUUAUUUCAGGCUUCUGAUUUAUCCUAGCUGGCUACACAGUCUGCCUGUCUGAAUCCUAAUCUUCUGUAUUUUCCACAAGGAGCAAAAGUCAAGACAUUAUCCACUUACAUGAGCAUCAUUCAUAGAAAUUAGUUUUGCUUAUGAGUUUCAGGGAAUUUGAGAUUAUUUUUCAGAUGCAGCAUUUUAAAGGGAACAAGUUCAUUUGCAUCAAAACCCUUGUGUUGCUUUUUGGUAAGAACCGUGCAGAAGAGGGAAUUAGCUGUUUACAUGGUGCCAAAUUUAGGAGAGGCAGAGUGUGAUCUUUAUUGAGUGGUGCGUGCUUGAUCAAUAAGGCACAUUUAACCUUGAAUUCUUUUGAAAUCAAAUGCAAUUGAAAAUUUUGUUUUGCUGGGCUGUGAAGCAGGCUGCAAACAAGGCCAUUUUGGCAGCAAAAUGACCAAAAGCUGAAACAAAAUUUCUUGUUCCGUGAUGCUUGUGGCAUCCUUUGCUAAUGAGUAAAGCUCCACACUAACAAUAGGUAAUUGAACUACUUAUGAAUCCCACAUAGAGGACUGUGAUCUAUCUUUUUGCAUUUCGGCAUCAGAAACGCAGUCUAGACCACAGCAUUGGAGGUUCUGGAGCCUCAGGAGCAGAGCCAGCACAGAGGUCACUUGUAGCUGAACAAGAGAAGGAGUUAGGCUCGCAGUGUCAUUGCCCAUGUGAUGGCCUCUCUACUUGGGCUCUGGGGAUGUUUGAUUCAUUUCAGGUCUUUUCUUUAGUUUGGCUUCAUUACCGUGGUGUGGGCCAUAUACUUUUUGUUUCCCGGGGAGAAUGCUUUGUAGAAAUCUCAGCAUUAGGAGCCGCGGUCAGUGUUCUGUAGGUCCGGUGCACCUUCUGUGAGCCGGCGUGAGAACAGAGUGCUUACUCUAGCGGCUGUGGAUGCGGUCUGGUCCAGGGCACAGUUUACAGGAUAUGUCAUGAUUCACGGGGUGGCGGCAGGGAUGGUAAAAGCAGUUUGCUCUUGGUAUCAGCUGCUUCCUUUGUUAAUGCUUGAGCUGUCUUACUUGUCAGUAUUUCCUUAUCUCCCGCUCCGGUCGUGCCAGCUAGUAGAGUUACAGGUGGUGGCAGCAGUCAGGAUGGGCUCCUACCCCAUCAGGAAAUGGCACAGAGGGAGAAGGUGAGGGAAUCGGUGGGUUCUGCUAUAGUGGCCCAGAGAUGCUUUCACAAAACUACAUUAAGAUCCCCAAACAGAUGAAUGUCAAAUGCCUGGAAACAGCAACAUGGGAAAGAAGCAAGGAAAAUGAAUGAUCCUGCUGAAGAGUGUGGAUUGAAAGGUUCUUAACAAGCCCGGCAAAAUAAACUUAUGGCCAAAAGGAGAAAUUUUCCUGCCACUGCAAAUAGACAUGAUAAACUCUAAAAUUGCCAAGUUUUUGGAAUAAAAACUUUUCAAGUACAGUAUUGAAGAAUGAGGCAGAUCCUGAAGACGUUGGCCAGGGAAAGCAAUCCUGGCAAAGUCCAGAAGUGAGAAGGCAUGAGGAAGAGAAGGGGAGAUGCUUAGAGCAGGGGUGCUGGGGCUCCUCGACCACCGGCAGCAGCACAUACUUGCCCCCACCAGACCCCACCCGAAUCGGAAACUGAGGGUGGCCGGGCAGUCUCACGAGGCCUCCGGGGGACUCUGAUGCACGCGGAUGUUUUGAGAACCAUAGGCUUUGCUGUACCUAAGUGUUUUAACAUAUUGGCAUCCCCCUAAGCUCUGAGGUGCUUUUCCCUCCAUAAGUAUAGACAUGUUUUGUAUACGAUUCUUUGCAGAAACUGUUAAUGUCUUUAUUUCCCAUCCUUUUUCCCUAAAGCCCCUAAAAGAUCUGGAAAUAUUGAGAAAGAAUGAUGUGGAGAAAAUUGCCAUCAAGGCCAUAUUUAGAUGGAUGGAAACAACCUUUAAAGUGGAUUAAAAUAUAACAAUGAAUUUUUA